CUAGACAUUGGAUACAGACAACAACAGUGACAGAUCAAGACCGCAUUUCUGUUUGCAACCAGCAAUGGGUGUAGUCUGAAAAGUGGAUACAGUAGCGCACCGCAAUAUACCUCGAAGUUUUAUCCUCAUGAAGGAGCUCCGUCCUGGCUGAGUUUGGGAGAUGGGAGUACUCAACAUUGCAGACCAGCCUCCUCUGGUCCAGGCCAUCUUCAAUCGCAAUGCUGAAGAAGUUCAAUUAUUAUUGCACAAAAAGGAGGAUGUCAAUGCACUGGACCAAGAGCGCCGUACACCACUUCAUGCUGCUGCCUGUAUGGGUGAUGUCCAUAUAAUGGACCUCCUCAUUGAAUCAGGUGCCAGUGUAAAUGCUAAAGACCAUGUGUGGUUAACCCCAUUGCACAGGGCGGCUGCUUCCAGGAAUGAAAGGGCAGUGGGUCUGCUGCUGCGGCGCGGAGCAGAGGCAAAUGCACGAGACAAGUUCUGGCAGACACCACUGCAUGUGGCUGCUGCCAACCGUGCCACACGCUGCGCAGAGGCCCUGCUAACCCAGCUGAGCAACCUGAACAUGGCAGAUCGCACUGGCAGAACUGCCCUGCACCAUGCGGCUCAGAGUGGGUUCCAAGAGAUGGUAAAGCUGCUACUGAACAAAGGGGCCAACCUCAGUGCCAUCGAUAAGAAGGAGAGACAGCCUAUCCAUUGUGCUGCUUACUUGGGGCAUGUGGAGAUUGUGAAAUUGCUGGUGUCCCGCAGUGCAGACAAGAGCUGCAAAGAUAAGCAGGGCUACACACCUCUUCAUGCUGCUGCUGCAAGUGGUCACAUCGAAAUUGUUAAGUACUUGCUGAGGAUGGGGGCAGAGAUUGAUGAGCCCAACGGCUUUGGAAACACAGCGCUUCAUGUGGCUUGCUACAUGGGGCAGGAGGCAGUGGCUACUGAGCUUGUAAAUCAUGGAGCUAAUGUCAACCAGCCCAACAAGUGUGGCUACACCCCUCUACACCUGGCGGCUGUCUCCACCAAUGGUGCCCUCUGUCUGGAGUUGCUGGUCAACAAUGGGGCAGAUGUCAACCAGCAGAGUAAAGAAGGGAAGAGCCCCCUGCACAUGGCAGCCAUUCACGGACGCUUCACACGCUCUCAGAUCCUUAUCCAAAAUGGUGGGGAAAUUGAUUGUGUGGAUAAGUAUGGCAAUACCCCUCUCCACGUUGCUGCUAAGUACGGCCAUGAACUGCUGAUCAGCACUCUGAUGACCAACGGAGCAGACACGGCCAGACGUGGGAUCCAUGGAAUGUUCCCCUUGCACUUAGCUGUGCUGUACGGGUUUUCAGACUGUUGUCGCAAGUUACUCUCCUCAGGUCAGCUGUAUAGUAUAGUUUCAUCCAUGAGUAAGGAGCAUGUACUAUCGGCUGGGUUUGACAUAAACACCCCUGACAACUUUGGGAGGACCUGUCUACACGCUGCUGCCUCUGGAGGAAAUGUUGAAUGUCUGAACUUGCUCUUAAGUAGCGGUACCGACUUGAAUAAGAGGGACAUAAUGGGAAGGACACCGUUGCACUAUGCGGCUGCUAAUGGGAGGUACCAGUGCACUGUGACCCUGGUGAGCGCUGGCGCUGAGGUCAACGAGCCUGACCAGACAGGCUGUACUCCCCUGCACUACUCUGCCGCCUCCCAAGCCUUCAGCAGAGUUGAUCGUCAUUUUUCUGGGAACCAUCAGAAUGAUGAAGAUGAGGCGAAGGAAUCGUACUUCUGCUUGGAGCAUCUUUUGGACAAUGGUGCUGAUCCAUCAAUGGUCAACUCAAAGGGUUACAGUGCUGUUCACUAUGCAGCUUACCAUGGCAACAAACAGAACCUGGAGCUGCUCCUGGAGAUGUCCUUUAAUGCACUAGGAGACAUAGAGAGCAGUAUUCCAGUUAGUCCACUGCAUCUUGCUGCUGACAAGGGUCACUGGCAGGCGUUGCGUGUACUGACAGAAACUGCAGCCUAUGUGGAUAUGCAGGAUGCUGCAGGGCGUUCUGUGCUCUACUUGGCUGCCCAGAAAGGCUACGCCCGCUGUGUGGAGGUGCUGUUGGCUCAGGGGGCCUCCUGCCUCCUCAAUGACAACCGCCUCAUGUGGACUCCCAUUCAUGUUGCAGCUGCCAAUGGUCACUCAGAUUGCCUGCGUAUGAUGAUUGAUUAUGGGGAGGAGGGAGAUCUCACCAACAGUACGGACAAAUUUGGCCAGACCCCUCUAAUGCUAGCUGUUCUGGGAGGUCACACUGACUGUGUCCAUCUCCUUCUGGAGAAGGGCGCUUUGCCGGAUGCCAAGGACAAGAGGGGCAGCACAGCUUUACACAGAGGGGCGGUGCUAGGUCAUGAUGACUGUGUGACAGUCCUGCUGGACCAUAAAGCUACUGCACUGUGUCGGGACACCCAGGGUAGGACACCGCUGCACUACGCUGCAUCUAGAGGCCACACAGAGAUCCUGGCCAGUCUGGUGCAGGCCGCCAUGGCAACAGACCCACAAGAUAAACUGCUGGACAACAAACAAUACACGCCAUUACACUGGGCUGCUUACAAAGGGCAUGAAGACUGUUUGGAGGUUUUACUUGAAUUCAAAACAUUUAUCCAUGAAGAGGGAAACCCUUUCACCCCACUGCACUGUGCUCUGAUCAAUGGCCACAGCAGUGCUGCAGAGAGGCUGCUGGAAUCUGCUGGGGUCCACAUGAUUAACACCAGAGAUGCCAAAGGAAGGACUCCACUGCAUGCUGCUGCAUUUGCUGAGGAUGUUACGGGACUUCAGCUGGUGCUUCGCCAUGGAGUAGAGAUCAAUGCAGUGGACAAAAGUGGAUGCUCUGCUCUGAUGGUAGCUGCUGACAAGGGACACAGUGGCACUGUGGCCAUCCUCCUUCACCGGGCCAAGGCCGACUUGACACUGCUAGAUGAGAAUAGGAACACUGCCCUGCACCUGGCCUGCAGCAAGGCUCAUGAGAUGUGUGCCCUGCUGAUUCUGGGGGAGAUCCACAGUCCCACACUAAUAAAUGCCACCAACAGCGCUCUGCAAAUGCCCCUCCAUCUAGCAGCACGUAAUGGCCUGGCUACGGUGGUGCAGGCACUGCUGAGUAGAGGAGCCACUGUGCUGGCUGUGGAUGAGGAAGGUCACACCCCAGCCCUGGCCUGUGCUCCCAACAAGGAUGUGGCUGACUGCCUGGCUCUGAUCCUCUCUACCAUGAAGCCUUUUCCCCAGCGGGACCCUUCCUCCUGCUCCUGCUCUUCUCCCACCGUCUCCCCCUCCCCAGGUCUCAAUUUGCUGAAGCACUGCGGCAUCACCGCCGCCUGCGCCCCGCUGCCCAGCAACGGCCUCCACAACGGCUACGUCAAAGACCGUCACGGUGCACCGGUUGGCCUGGAUGGGUGUCUGUCUGAGUGAGGUCACAUGCCCCCCUCAGUCAGCUGCUAUCACCAUCAUCACCACCAGUGGGUGACUCCCUUUAACAUGGCCCAGAGGACCAGGAGAGCACCCACCCACAUGUCUGUUCUCUGUGUAUGUAUGUGUUUGUGCGUCUGUGUGUGUGAGUGUUUGGUCUUCUCUUGAGGUGCAGUCAAACCUAAUAUGCAAUUAGAUCCCAUUCCUCCAUCUCCUAGUAGUGCUUAAUAUGUAGAGGCUGAUUGCUCUACAAGGUCACUCAGAUGAAGUGUGGCAUCCAAAACAAACACUAGCAAUCUGGCCAUCUCUAAAUCAUUUAACCCUUUAAAACCAUGUCGACAUAAUAAUAUAACCAACAUCUGAACGCAUGUAAAUCUCUGUAACCUCAACUGUCUUUCUCCCCAUAUCAUUCAAUAUAAAAGUCAUAUCAUGUUUAAUCAGUUGUGGUGACCUUGUAGAGGAACACACAGCCUUCCCAAAAGAAUGAUCAAAGAGUUUCUUUGUUUGGUUUAGUUCUUCUUCCUUUAGUUUUCUUUUUUAUUUUUAGCUUUGUUUUUACUCGUCCGUUAGCCUAGAUUUUUAUGAAGGAACCACACAAGGGAAAAUCUAAAUUUUGCUUAAGAGUGCAAUGCUUGUGUACUACAGUACAAUCUGAAAUUUGGAAAAGGGUCACAAAGAUGUUAGUUCCAUAGUGUACUUUAAAUGUAUGGCCUCGAAUUGUUUGGCAUUUUAAUAUAAUUUGGUAAUGCUGCUGAAUACAUUAGCAUGUCUCCUUACAAAGGAGGGCCAUGUUUGGGUCAGCAUUGUGACAUCGAUUUGUUCUUAAUGCUGACUUGAUGUUUUAAAGAUGCUAAAUAAGUGUUUGUUAAGCUAGAAUGUUUCUAAGCAUAUAAGUUAUGACCAAAGUUGAUCAACACUACUAUGGCUAUAAAUUAUUUAUUUGAGAUGAACUGUACUGUAUAGAGAAAGACAAUAGAUCUUGAUAUACCUCGUCAACUCGUUUAGCAGCUGCUUCAUCUUCACCCAGGGUCCGUAGGCCUAAUGUUCUCUUUUUGUAGGACUAGAGAACUACUGUAGGAUAGUGACUGACUGAGGCCUUGUUUAUUUCUAGAUGAAGGCUUUACUAGUAAUAUCUGCCAACAACACCUCAUCAAAGCAUCAUAUAUCUGAGCACAUAAAUGAACAAGCCAUUUCAAUUUAUUUCCCAUCUCUUAACAGUGUUUUUUGGAAGAGAUUUCAGAAUUAGAAUGGCCUAAAUAUCGAAGGAGAGCAAUCAAGAUUUGGUUUUUAGGCACGUUUGUUCUUGUUGUUUCUGAAGUCGAACCGGCCAUCAGCAUUGUGGUUUUUACAAGCUCUUACUAAAGGAGUAUUUCUUGGAGCUGGUGAACUAGUCUUAAACAUCGAAUAGCUUAUAUCUCAACUUCUCUGUGGUCAACUCUGAUCAAUUUGAAAAGAUGAGUAUUGUCUAUUUUUAUUGGGCGGUUUACAAGCAAUAUUUUCUUUUUGCCUUUUUUGUUUAACGUUAUUGAAUAGACAAUCACUGUCACAAGGGCUUUUGUUUCCCUGGAAUGUGUUUUGAUUUUUGAUUUUUUUUUUUUUUAAUUUAAUUAAAAAAAAUUUUCUCUUUUAAGAUUUCAUGAAAAUUAACCUAAAGACUAAACGAAUGGCUCUGUGUGCCGGGCAUUUUACUGUCAGUGUCAACACAAAUGCACUGGAUUGCCUUUAUGGCAUCUCAUGAAAUGCCUUUUGACCCAUGCCUUCCGUAACACGUCAUUUCAGUUGGAUUAAGGUAAUGGCAGAGUACGACGAGCCCUGAGACUGGUUCUCUUCUACCCAUUUGAUAGCAACAGCAUUGAACCACAGUUGCACCAUAGUAUCUAGCGGGGGAAAAUAAAAUAACACCUUGUUUAUCCUGGCAUUCUCAAUGACAGGGAGUUGAUGUCCCUUAUAGAAGCAAACAGGGCUACAAAGGAAAGGAGAGGGAACUUUGCUUAGGCCAAUACCUGUUGUUUAGAUUUCAGGAAUAGCAGAAAUCCAAAUAUGUGCUUUUGGUGUUCAUUUUGUUGUCUCUUCAUCCCAUUUCUGGUUCUUAGCAUACUAAAGAUGAUUGUAUCGGACCACUAGAGCUGUUUGUGACUUAGAUGUUAUAUCUAUGCUAUUUUGUUGUUGUUUUUACCACCUGCUGGUGGUUAAAUUACACUGAGUCAGAUUGUUUUCAUUGGCGUGAUAACUUCAUAUCCACUGGUAAUGAAGUGGCACAAUUGCACACAUUAGUUGACUGGAUGAGAGAUGAGGACCUAGACUAGGCUAUGUUGUGUAAUACCCCUGCGAAAUGUCUUUUACAUUAUUAUUUUUUGUUUUGAUUUCUUUUGUUUUUACUUGAUAUCCUAAAACUGACAAAUACUCAGAUGUCUAGAUUUGUAGUUGGCAUUUCAAUUGACCUCGAUAACUGACUGAAUUGAAAUGGAAGUAAUUGGUGACCCCCAGCCUUUGUUCUCUUGAUCGAUUUAUAUUUUUCAGGAGAAUAAUUAUAUUAUCAUUAUUAAUAUUAUUAGGAAUAGGUACAUAAUUUUUGUAAUCUCAGGAUCUGUGCUAAAGCAGCGGGCAGAACUUAUUAAUCCAAUCAGAUCUCAGCAGGAUAAUUAUGUCUACAUUUUUUUGGUUGGGAUGUUCUGUAUUAAGUUCCUUUUUAAUCCCACAGCACUUAAUUAGAUAGUCAAGCACGCACUUUAGUACAUUCAGGUUCUAAGUGUGCAAAAUAGAGCAGAUGUAAUGUAUGUACUUAUGUUUACAUGCAUGUGUGUUGCUGCUGAAUACAGGAAAGUAGGGUUGCAAAAGAUAAGCAAAGGCUGCAACAAAAUUGUACUCUUUCAAUGCAUUAUUUAAAAAAAAAAAAAAAUGUGUCUCAGCACUACGGGACAGUGUCCACUGCCCAUGUUUUUUUUUUUCUUAUGCUCUCCAUUUUUGGGCAGCUGACCCACAAAGUGACAAGGUUACAUUACCCAGCCUACUGUUAAUAAUACAGACUCUGGCCUAAGUCACUUGAAGUCAGUCCAGUGAUUGAACAGACACCUCAGGCAGGCUGCUCACAAAUACUCUACGUACUCUCUCUGCCAUCUGUAGGUGCUGUCUGACUGUCUGUUCGGGCAGGGAUUUCUUUUUCUCCUCUUGUGAUGUCCUUAUCUGACCAGUACAUGGAGCCAUUGCCCCUGCAACUAUACAGCAUCACAGUAUUCUUAUACAUGCUUUUUUUAUUUGUGUGUACAAAUGAGUGAUUGUGCAUGGAGCUAGCUCACAAUUUUGAUAUAGAAACGAUUAAAACAAAUGGAUAUACAGUAUAUAUCUGGAGUCAGAAAUGGAAAGCAAUGAAAGGUCCAAUUGUAGCAAUAGAGUGUGUGUGUAAAAGUGUGCAGCACAAAUAUUGCACUGCCAUCCAUUUAGGCCAAUUCAGUAAAUCAUAGCAUAAAUGCCAAUGGAAGAUUUAAAUGCGGGUUAGAUGUUAUAAUCUUUGGUCACAAAUAAGGCCUGUUUGCCAAAAUGAGUUGAGGUGAAAACCUCUUAGUAAAGCAGCAAUGGAUUUAUGCAUAUGUUCAAGCAGUUUACAGUCUGACCAUCAAAUCUGAGCCAUGAAUUUUCUGACUGAAAUGAAUGUAGGGUCAGUUUAGAGCAGGACAAUUUGCUUUCUCCCGACUUUAAACUGUUGCUCUUCAUUUGUCUUGCAUAGAUAUGAUUAUACAGGUAGCAUGUAAUAACCUAAUUCUCUACAUAAUAUACCGUAUGUGUAGUACAUGUAGUCUUCCUGCAUCGAGGGACUGGAUAACGUUUUGGCAUUAUUGUUGGAGUAUAGGCUUACCGUUGUGUAAUAUCAGUCUUCUCUCUCUACAUACUCAUGUGGAGUGUAGCCAACAAGGUAACAGAGGACAAGAGUUUUGAUGAAUUUAACAUUCACAUUCAUCCAUUCCAUUGAGAUUGCCUUACAGUACAGUAAAACAUGAGGGACAAAAAGGUCUUCAGUAGAUAUGAACACGCAUACUCGUAAAUAGCCUAUAUUUGACAAAAAUGCACCUAAGCUACACCCAUUUAGUGCCAUAGAAACCUUUAUUUGCCUUUAGACAUUAAUCAUAUUUACUUGGUCAGUAACUUAUUCAGAAAUAGGCAGAUAUAAGACAGUUUUGUGUUUAAAGUUGCAUGUCUUUUCGCCAAUUAUACUAGUAAAAAAAAAAAACAUUUGCAUGGAUUAUUAGUAAGUAAAUGCAAGCAUUCAGUUGAAAUUUGGUGUUGGUAGAAAUCUUCUUUUUUUAAUUGGACACUUUGAAGUAUAUAGUUAGUCCCGUUGGUAUUGGCAAAGCAAUCCUUAGGUUGUGUGUUUGUUUAAUAGGAUGGUUUAUAAUGUGUGUUACAAGGAGAAAAAAAAAACAUUUUUGAUGUCCAAAAAACGCAUGGUAUAUACAAUAUAGAAUUGAUUUGCCUCAAUGGAUGUCUCGGUUCUUACUUGAAGUAACGCUGAUAAAUGGCAAAUUUCAAUUCAACUCUCUGAUCCACUGUUGAGCCUUUUGCCUUAAAAGCUGAAAAAGGAAAUUAUACCUGGCAGUACCUGAUAAGUUGCAUCACCUGUGGAGUUAUGCUACUUGGUUGGAUUGCUUAAGAUUUUGGCUAAUUUUGGUCUUAUCGACAUCUUUGGGUGUCAAGAAGCACACAAAUCAAAUGAGGUAGCACAUAGCUCAAGGUUGCCAUGGUGCAGAGAUUGUUCUGAGAGGUUAGGAUUUCGCCAUAUAGCCACUGUGAAUGAAUGAAUCCAGAAUUCACUCGUAAACAAUCAACUUUGGCGUCUCUGUUAUCCAGAGCCAAAUGACACUGGGGAUAAAAGUGGUGUACCUCAAAAAAAGAAAAAAAAAAAAAAUCAGACGGAGAAGAAAAUUCUUAUGAAAAUGCUUGUACAGCUAUGCUAACAAAGAGUAAAAAUCUUGUGAUCCAUCUUGUCGUGGGUAGUGUAAUUCUGCUUAAACCAGCCUAAAUCAGAAAUGUAUCUACGCGGAAGUGUUAGAUUAGUGUCAGCAGAUGUCUCAUAUUUCCUACCUUACAAAGGGGCAGAAAACUGCACCUUGUACUUAUUAUUGGACCUGCAGUUAUACCUCAUCAGUGAUCUUUUGUGUAACGACGCUGACAUUGAUCCUCUGUGAUUUCUUCUCGUUUUUCCUGAUGCCAGUCGUGUAGAUUUCUCUUGUAGUGUGUGUGAGUGGUUUUCAAUAUAUGCAUGUCAAUCCAAAACAUGCACAAGUCCUUUUUAGUACAGGAAAGCAUAAUUACCCUAUUUAAAUGUGUUUUCUCUUCAUAAUAACCAACAGAUGAGUCUGUUAUUUGGUGCAAGUCAUGCAGGCUGAGGCCUAUUUUAAAGUGGGAAAUGAAGGUAGCUACAUAACUUUACCUCUGCAAGUCAAAACAAUACACCUUUACUGUAGGACUAAUGCUAGUUUGACCGCCUUCCCUGCUUGAACACUUGGCUAUAAAUUCCCCCUCCCCCCACCAGUAGGAUCUGUGUAAUAUCGAGCACAGUGGUGGCAUGGUGCCUUUUAUUUGUUACUACCGAAAGGUACGGUCUUCCAUUUGUAUUUCCCAGAAGCCUUACAAUGGGAAAAAGAAAUUACAUUGAACGUACAAGACUACAGUAGAUAGGCUCAUAUUCUCUCUAAGCAUGACUAUUUCAACCCUAUGUGAUCUGAGUUUAUACAAAAAAAAAAAGCUUGAAAUAUCUCCUUCUGUAUUGGUCUGGAUUAAAUGAUGCAUUUCCACUGAGUGCUCCCAUAGGGUGGCAGAAUAAAUUGCACAUUACUGAUGCGAUUUUUAGGGCACAUCAAACGUUGCAUGGAUGGAGAUCAAUAGUAUGAAAGCACAAAUCCAAAGAAGGCACCUGGGGCUCAGUUGGCUCUCCCAACACCAUGGAGUGAAGGAGCCUGUACACCAAAUUUAGGCAGAAAACCAGACUCCUCUGAGUACGGAAACAUGAGGUUUGAUUGUCAGUAAGACAUUAACUGUAGAAAGCCCAUUGUCUCGAAUUUCAGAGCUGCUUCUGAUUGUUCUUCUCAGCUUUUUGUUUUUCAUCAACAAUUAGUAACUUCACAAUACAAACCAAGUUGUGAAAUGAUGCGGUACCUGCAUUCAAGAUUAAGUGAUUGCAAACUGUUUGUUGUGACUGUGUUGCGAAUUGAUUGUGGAGAUUUGUUUUGUGUUAAUUAGGAUAGACUGACUACAAGUAGGGUUGCAGUAGUAGUUGUGUGCAGUGUUAAUAACAGUGUGAUCAUACUAUAGAAGUGACGUAACAUUUGUUGUCUUACUAUGACAUUAAGGCAUGAUGAAUCAUCUUCUCUCAAGCUGACCUCGUUUGAAAUAGACAAAAGAUAAAAGUGCAAUAACCUUUUGUUUAUCAUUGCUUCCUCAGUUGAAAACUAUUAUUUAAUAUGCCCUUUUUGUUAACACCAAAAGUCACUCAUCUGUAGCAAAUGAAGGAUUUCAGUGGUCCUCUUGUUUGUAUUCAGAGACGUGGCAUUUGAUAGUGGAGUGUGUGAUAUUCCAUUCUUAAAACUGUGAUCGAUAUCCGACUUUAAAAGCUGCCUGCUCAGAAAAAGGACCGUGCACAAGUUGACUAAUAUAUUUGAGUAGGUGAGUUUUUUCUUUUUUUUUUCUUUUUUUUUAUCUUCUUCUUAUGGAUGGACUUUGAUGGUAUUGUAGUUUGGACUUAGACCUAAUUCCUUGAAUUCUGGUUUAUAGCCGGUAGACAUGUUCAUUUGCAUGUGUAGAUGUAUAUGCAUCCUCUUCCUCCUUGAAUGAAAUGUUUUCUCAAAAAUAUUUAGACCUGCUGUCAGUGAUGUAUGCGGAUAAAAGGAAUUAUGAAAUGCCUUAUAUUUGUUUUCAAUGUUAAGCAUUAAGGGUUCUUACGUGUCCCUCCCUUUUCAGCGUGUAGCCUAAAGCUUGUACAGUUAAGAAACUCAUGAGAUUUAUAUCUACUGUAUAGCCUAUGUGUUUUCACAAUUUGUUACUUGGAGGUCCUGUGAUUGUGGUUUUAGAGAAACAUUCCCCUUGAAAGUGCCGUUUGUUUUCACCAGCAGAGGAUGUGUCUGGGGGAAAAUGUAUUUAUAAGAAGGAAAAAAAAUGUUCAAAACACUUUGCAGUGUUUAUUAGUGAACCUGUUGAACUGAAUGACACAAAGUAUUUGUGCAGGUGAAAUAAGGCAGCAAUCUUCUUCUGAUGGAGCACCUUAUCGACUCGCUCCUUCUGUGAGCCCACAGUGGAAGUAGUCUCACACCAAGCUUGAUUACUCUAAAGCAGAGCCAUAUCAGAGAAUUUACCCAUUAGGAGCCCCCUUGAAUGUGCUAUUAGGAAUAGCCUACUGUAGGAAAGGAUGUAUACUGCAUGUUCUGUGACAUUUUAGUAGUGUUAGUCCCUUUCAUGUUUUUUUUUUAAUGUUUAGUCUGCUUCACUGUAGAUGUUGCCACCUCAUUGCAACUCACAAGCUAUUAACAAUCCUCUCACAACUGGACUAAAGCAGGCAUUGAUCUGUUGCUGAGGCAGCCUUAAUUCAUUACAAAUUUAAAAAAAAAAAAAGAAGAUAAUGGGUUGCCUGUUUUUACUUUGAGUGGCUUAUCUGGGGAAUUUCAAAGGAGCCCUUUUCAUGAGUGGAAGGACUCUAGAUCAGGGCAUGUGAUGAGUUACAAUCAAAUAGUUUUCACAGUGCACCUUCACAAAAAAUUUAAUGAUUUAAAAAAAAAAAAAAAAAAAAGUUGGCUUGUCCACCCAACAUUCCAAAGUUGAUUUUGUUUUCACAGUCCUGUCCCAUUGAUUGAGGAAAUCCUUUUUGCUUUGCUGAUGAAUGAAGUGGGCAUGUGUGUCAAUGACAGGGUUCCCUAUUUAGCCUAACGCUGAUUACCUCAUUUACAAAUCUGCAAAUAUACUAUUCUACUGUGUGUGUAAAGGAGUCAAUGCCAUCACCAGCAGUGUGGUCUACAGACCUGUGAUGACAACAGGACCAACAAACUUUGUUGAAAUUAGCCAAAAUAAAAUAUGACCAGUCUUGGAUUAUAGGGUUUAGACACGUUUCAAAUUCUGAAAGGCCAAAUUGGCUAAAAGAUUUCUUUAGUUUGCAGAACACCACAGCUGCUACACCAGUCAGCAUCAGGAGCUAUAAAACACUUCAGAUUCUUUGAGGGCUUCUUAUGGCUCAAAUCUCUAAUUUUUUGACAAUGUAAAUGAAAUCUAAUGUUACUGCUUCUCUCUGGAGUUUCAGAGUUACACCAUUCCUCAAACAUUGACUGGAAUAGCACCUUUGGUACAAGCAUAGUUUGAGAAGUCUAGCCAAAGCCUGGUGUAUCUCAAUUAUUUAAGUGAACGAUCAUGUUAGCAUCACUUACUGUUUUCAGUAGCAUUUCUCCUACCUCUUUGUUUUGCAGCCUUGAGUAUUGUUUGUCUCUCCACCUGUUUUGACAACGAAAAAAAAAAUACAGUACAGGAAUACAGAUUUAUCAUAAGCAAUGGUAGUUAUACAUAAAAGUUGUGCUGGUUGUGCUGUAUGUGUAUAUGUCUAUUUGACGUGAAAAAUAUUUAUGAGAAGCAUUUAUACGACAAAAUACCACUGGAAUGUGGAAGCCAGGACAAUGUUAUGAUGCAGAUUAUGAUGAUAGUCUAUCCCCUUUAACAUCAGUGGCGAAUGGUCAAGAGGAUUCAUCUUUCAAAAAUGAAUAACCAUUCAUUGGCCUUUUCUUAAUACCGUCCAUCUUUGUGAUUUCCAUUUGUGCAUCUACUUCACUGUCUAGCCCUAUAGUGUACUUCAACGUUUACAGCUUCAUUCUGGGUCAGUCAUUGAUUGCAGUUGAGUUAAUACCAUGUCACGAGGAAGAUGUAAGGUGGAUUUGUAAUUCUGUCUGAGGGCAAGUUCGAGCCCCUCAAGCCGUAUGCCUUGAAUCAUCUCACCACUCUGAACCAAAUUCUGCUACAUAGGCACUCUGUCUCCACACUUGCCCCACAUUUCCAUUAGUUUGAUUACACAGGGUACAGGACAAGGGUGAAAAGUUUGAGGUUUUCUGACCAGGGCCCCUCCCUCCUUCCCUCCCUCAAUCCCUCCCUCUUCUUCCCUUAUUUUACCCAGCCUACUCCAGGACAGGACCAGCCCACUUCCCCCCAUCACCCACUGUCUCACCUAAACCUCAAGCCAUUCAUGUUUCUGUUUUGUUUUGUUUUUUCGACAAUGCAAUCCUGAAAGCACUUUGCCUUGUUAUUCCUUUGUGUGAACAUGUGAAUGAUAAUUUGUUACAAAAAUGUUAAAUAUGUAAAAGAUCAUUCACUGUUUUGGAAAAACCUGCAUCUGUCUUUCUGACGUUAAAAGAAAAAAAAAAAAAAACAAUUUAGUGACAUUAAACCUGAAUCUAUUUUAUAAAAUGUUUGCUGCAGCCAAUUGGUCUUGUCAUUCAGUAUUGUGGCUUAGGGUUGUUUGUGUUCAAUAAAGUGCUAUUGCUAAAUA